AUGAAUAAUAGUAAAAAUUUUAAAGAAGAUGAAAAUGAUGACAUUAACCUUAUAAAAGAAGCAUUAAACAAAUUAUUAGACCUGAAAAACUCCGGACAGCCCGAUCAAGACGUAGUCAACGGCUUAAAAGAAUGGAUUAAAAAUCAAGCCAAUAAAGACAUAGAAACAAUCUUCAAACUCGUCGAACUUCAUCAUGCAAGUAAUCCAGAAUUCUUAUAUCUACUUGGAUAUCUCACCAAUUAUGGGCUAGGAACAGACGAAAACCCGGUUGCCGCUUUUAAAUACUAUUACAAAGUGGCUGAAAGAGGAUUAAAUUACGGACAGGCACGAAUAGCUUGGUGUUUCUACAAAGGACUCGGUGUAAAGGUUGAUCAUGUCAAAGCAUUUGAAUGGUACCAAAAAGCUGCGGAAAAUAAUCAUCUAUGCUCCCAAUUUAAUCUAGGACUAUUUUAUAGUCAAGGAAUUGGCACUAAGAAAAAUCUCGAGAUGGGGUUUAAAUGGGUUCAGGUUGCAGCGAAUCAUGGUGACUUACUUGCGCAGUUUGAGCUUGCUAAAAUGUAUUUAAGUGGUAAUGGAACCAAGAAAGAUUAUCGAAAAGCGAAUUAUUGGUUGUGGAAGACUGCCGAUACUCGUGUUCUUCAUCUGAAGGAGGAUUGUUUGUUCAAUUUGGCUUCAAUUUCGGCUAACGGUAUGGGUAUAAAAAGAGAUUUUCAUCAGGCACUUCGAUUAUAUCGGCGUGUUCUAAUUCUAAACAAUGGGUAUUCGUGGGGUUUUAAAAGCACGUUGCAAUCGUUGUUUGAACCACAAGAAUGGAUUCUUUAA